GUGGGUGGGACUUCAUCCAGCCCUUUUUUUUUCCCCGCGAGACGUACCCGGCAACUGUUUGAUGAGGAAACUAAGGCUGAGCGAUAAGUGACUGACCCAAGAGUCACCCAGCAGAGUGUCUGGGGCGGGAUUCGAACUCGGGUCUUACUGACUCAAGUCUGGCACUCCGUCCAUCGGGCCAUCUCUUUCGUGCUCUGCCCGUAGAGGAGCAUUGACGGAAAUUGCUGACAUUCCAAGAUGUGGCCAUUGACUUCACCCAGGAAGAGUGGAGACAGUUGGAGCCUGCUCAGAAAGACCUGUACAGGGACGUGAUGCUGGAGAACUAUGAGAACUUUGUGUCCCUGGGGCUUCCAAUUUCCAAACCAGACGUGAUCUCCCAGUUGGAGCAAAGAGGAGCACCAUGGUUCAGAGCACAAGUCCUAAGAAGCACUCAUCUGGAUUCCUUGAUUCAGAAGAAAAGGUACAAAACCAAGCAAUCAACUCCAAAACAGGUUAUUUCUAUAGGAGAAUCACUAAAGGAACAAACCAAGGAUCGUUCUUGGGAUUGUGAUAUCAGGCUGGAGAGGCAGAAGGAUAACCAGAAAAGACAGUCUAGACAAGUAACAGUCAGUAACAGAAAAAUGUUUAACAAAGCGAGUGUGCAUAAAUAUAAUACAUUUGGGAAAAAGUUCAGAAUGGGAUCCAUCCUUGUUCCACAGCAAGAAGGUCUUAAAGGAGACUGUCUCCACAAUGUUGGUACAUUUGGAAAGAGCUUCAAACAAUGUUCAUACCCAAUUAACCAUAAGAGAAUCUCCUUAUGGAAGAAACUCCAUAAGUAUAAUAAAUGCAGGAAGCGUUUUAGUUACUACUCACACUUGAAUCAUUACCAUAAAAUACAUAUUCAAAGGAAACUUUGUAAAUGUAAUGAAUUUGGCAAAACCUUCAGGAUCAAUUUAUUCUUUAAUCUGCAUAAAAGAAUUAAUGUUUUAGAGAAAUCCUGUAGAUCUAUUCAGUGUAGAAAAAUCUUUAGCAAGAAGGGACAUCUUAAAACACGUAAGAUAAUUCAUAAUGGCAAAAAAUUAUUCAAAUGUAAUAAAUGUGGAAAAGCCUUCAGCAGUAAUAAAUACCUAACUCAACAUCAAAUGAUUCAUAAGGCAAAUAAACCUUAUAAGUGUAAUGAAUGUGAAAAAGGCUUUAGCAGUAAUCAAUAUCUAACUCAACAUCAAACAAUUCAUAAUGGGAAGAAACCUUUUAAGUGUAGUGAAUGUGGUAAGGCCUUCAGCCAAAAGGGAAACCUUAAAAUACACAUGAUAAUUCAUACUGGAGAGAAACCAUUUGAAUGUGAUGAAUGUGGAAAAGCCUUCAGAAGUAAUCAAUACCUAACUCAACACCAAACAAUUCACACUGGAGAGAAACACUUUGAAUGUCAUGUAUGUAAGAAAGGAUUUAGGCAGAGUUCAUCUCUUAUACAGCAUCAGAGAAUUCACACAGGAGAGAAACCCUACAAAUGCAGUGAGUGUGGGAAAGCCUUUAGCCGUAAAGAAAGCCUUAAUGCCCAUAAUAGAUUUCAUACUGGAGAGAAACCUUAUAAAUGUGAUGAAUGUGGAAAAGCCUUCAGCCAAAAGGGAAGCCUUCAUGCACAUAACAGAAUUCAUACUGGAGAGAAGCCUUUUCAGUGUAAUGAAUGUGGGACAGCUUUCAAAUGGCGUGUUCAUCUUAAGGAACAUAAGACAAUUCAUACUGGAAAGAUACACUUUGAAUGUAAUGAAUGUGGAAAAAGCUUUACACAUAGCUCAUAUCUUAUGCAACAUCAGAGAAUUCAUACUGGAGAGAAACCAUAUGAAUGUGAUCAGUGUGGGAAAGCCUUCAGCCAGAAGGGGCAUCUUAAUACACACCAAAAAACUCAUGCUUCAAAGAAACCCUUUGAACAUAAAGAAGGUGGGAAAGCCUAUAACUGUCAAUUAAACUUUAUGACUCUUAAUAAAAUGCAUAUGCAAGGGAAAUCCUUUGAAUGUAAAGAAUGUGGUGAAACCUUCUCACACAGCUCAUCCCUUAAGAAACAUUAUAAAAUUCACCCUGGAGAAAAACACUUUAAAUGUAAUGAAUGUGGGAAAAGCUUUAGGCAUAGUACGUACCUUAUGCAACAUCAGAGAAUUGAUAGUGGAGAGAAACCCUAUGAAUGUAAUGAAUGUGGGAAAUCUUUCAGGCAAAAAGGGACCCUUAAUACACAUAAGAAAACUCAUACCGGAGAAAAACACUAUGAAUGUAAUGAAUGUGGGAAAGGCUUCACACAUAACUCUUACCUUAUACAACAUCAGAGAAUUCAUACUGGAGAGAAACCUUUUGAAUGUGGUCAAUGUGGGAAAUCUUUCAGCCAGAAGGGAACUCUUAAUACACAUAAGAAAACUCAUGCUUGGCAGUAAUCUUUCCUGUGUACUAAGUGGGAAAGAUUUCAAAUUGCAUGGGGACAUUAAUUGAUAAGAAACCCUUUAAAUAGGUAAAAUGUAUAGAAAAAGCCUUCUGGAAGAAGUAAAAGUUACUGUAAAUCAGAGUUUUCAUAUGGAAAAAAUAUUUUCAGUGUAAUUAAUAUUGGCAAACUUUCAAAAAAAGUAGAAACCUUAAGGUUCAUAAGAAGAGUUGUACUGGAAAGAUUACCUUUAUAAUGCAUGUGGGAAAGCCUUUGCUCCUAAGAAAAUUCAUACUGGAGAGAACUUUUUUUAAAUGUGUUACAUUUGGGAAAACCUUCAAUUAGAGGAAAUACCUUACAGAAUAUUAGGUAAUAGAGGAUCAAAUGAGAUACCAUUUGUAAAGUGCUUAGCACAGUGCCUGGCACAUAGUAAGUACUAUAUAAAUGUUAACUAUUGUCAUCAGUGAAACUUGAUCAUGAUAAUGCUGGAGCUCACACAGAUGUCUAAAAAU